UUUCGGUUGAUUCAAAUCGAGUAUUGCUCCCUCUAAUGAUUUGGAUUCAAUUCGGCGUUGUAAUCGUCGGAUCAAAAUCCGAAUAAUCCAAGGGUGCAGAUCAAAACCCUAAAGGCAUAAACGCUGGAGCUUGCUCUCUGGGUUCUAAAAGACCCUCAUUUUUCAUCCAUUGUUUGCAGUAGCGGUUUUCAUUCUCGCAUUGAUAAAGAGCUGAGAAGGAUGGUUUGAUAAGAUGAAUGUGGAGAGGCUCAUGAAGAUGGCCGGUGCAGUCCGCACUGGCGGAAAGGGUAGCAUGAGAAGAAAGAAGAAGGCUAUCCACAAGACAACAACCACUGAUGACAAACGACUACAGAGCACACUCAAGAGAAUUGGGGUGAAUGCUAUUCCUGCAAUUGAGGAAGUUAACAUAUUCAAGGAUGAUGUUGUUAUCCAGUUUAUUAAUCCAAAAGUGCAAGCUUCAAUUGCUGCCAACACCUGGGUUGUUAGUGGUUCCCCUCAGACAAAGAAAUUGCAGGAUAUUCUCCCUGGAAUCAUCAACCAAUUGGGGCCAGAUAACUUGGACAACUUGAGGAAAUUGGCAGAGCAAUUCCAGAAGCAGGCACCUACUACUGGUGCAGGUGCAACUACCACUCAAGAAGAGGAUGACGAUGACGUACCAGAACUUGUGGCUGGUCAGACCUUUGAAGCUGCAGCAGAAGAAGGCCAAGCUGCUAAAUAGUGUUUUUAGAGAGGGUUUUGUUGUGUUAUUUUAUAUGUUUUAAUGAAUUACCAUUGUUUCUUUUUCCUGUGUACUCUUUUGUUCUAGUUUGUGCACUCCCCUGCACUCUAAUAUUUUAGUUAAGAACGAGUCUACUAUUUCUACAA